AUGUUACUGUAUAAUGUUGCGACAUUUUUAUUUGUUUUCAUUGCCUUAAAUAUCAAUCAUUUAUCAGAUGAUUUUGAAUGUGUUAUGCUAUCGGGUAUCAUAAUAUUGUAUGCUAUUAAAAGCAUUAGCGUUUGGGCGAAUCAGGAUAUAAUUAGAAAUCUUAAGUCAAGGCUCCGAAAAGCACAUUUGACAAGUCAAUCCUCAAUAUAUUUGACAAAUGAUUCAAGAAUUUAUUUGAUUUCUGAGAAAAUUUCGACUAGGCUGCUGACAAUUGCAAAUUUUGGAUUUUCAUUGAAUGCCAUUUUCACAAACUUGACAUCAGACAGUCCUGAACGUGUUUUAGUUUACAAGAUUUAUAUUCCAUUUAAUUACCAAACAAUAGUUCCAUUUAUCAGUACCAUGAUAUGGCAAAUGGUUAUUUCAUUUUAUUGUUGCUUGUAUGAAAUAUGCACAAGUGGACUUCUUCAUGGAUUUGUGAUGAUAUUAGCAUCUGAGUUUCAGUUAAUUGGAGAUUCACUGAGAAGUUUUGAUUAUACAAAAGGAAUUGGAGAUUUGAAACCAAUUAUUCAAAAGUAUCAAAAUUUAAUUGAAAUCGCAAAAGAACUCGAAUCCAGUUUUUCGUUUUCAAAUUUUGCGACUUUUAUCGGCAGUAUGAUUUUAAUUUGCUUUACAAUUCUUGAAAUUUUCACAAAUCAGCAUCAACUAAUACGUAAUUUAGUGUUUCUAAUAUUUCUUGUAAUAAUGGCAAACCAAAUGUUCUUUUUGUGCUAUUACUGUCAAAAGCUUGAAACUGCAAGCAAAUCUGUUGCUGAAAACCUAAUGAAAAGUAAUUGGAAUGAACUUAAGAAUCCAAAUAUUAGGAUGGCUAUACAUUUUUCGUUAAUGCGAGCUCAAAAACCGAUAAAAUUGACAGCUGCGAAAUUUGCUGACAUAAAUCUUGAGACAUUUAAAAAUAUUAUGAAGGAAUUGACUGAAUUUAUAAAUAAAUCACCACAAUUAUUUUUAAAUUGUCAAUAA